AUGCUUACUGACGAUUGGAAAGUGCUUGCUGUCAAAGCCCAAAACAUAUAUGAAGACUCCUUGAAAUUGACCUUGGAACUUUUUCCCUUCGAUGACCCGGAGACUUUGAAAGUUUUCAACGGUCUUCCUUCGGCUAGAGGACAGUCUGUUACUGAUUUCGGUAGUCCUGCGAAAUUUCCGAUUGAAGAGUACUUGAAGAAAUUGCCCGAAAAUGUCAAAGCUGUUACUGAAAAGGAGCCAAUUGAACUUAUUCGUGACUUGAAAGCUGGCAAGAUCACUGCUGUUGAAGUAUUGAAGUGCUACUACCAUGCAGCUAUCUUUGCUUCAAGAUUAGUUAAUUGUGUUCACGAAUUCUUACCGGUUGAGAGUUUGGAAGCUGCUAAGAAGCUUGAUGCUGAUUUUUCCAAGUCGCUGCAAUUGCCCUUAUUUGGUUUACCUGUCUCUAUCAAAGAAAUGAUCAAAUUCAAGGGCCGUCCCGUUACUCAUGGCUCCCUUUGCUAUUUGGACAGAAUUGCUGAUGAUCAUGGAGAUAUGGUCAAAAUCUUAUAUUCCAAUGGUGCUGUUCCAUUUGUUAGAACUACCAACCCUCAGUCUCUUAUGAUGCUUGAAUGUGAAUCUCUUUCUCAUGGCAGGACCGUUAACCCAUUCAACAGUGACUUGACCUCUGGUGGUUCAUCAGGUGGUGAAGGUGCCAUCAAUGGUAUACAUGCCUCUCCCCUUGGAUUCGGAAGUGAUAUUGGAGGAAGUAUCAGAUGUCCUUCAGCUUUCAAUGGCAUCUGGGGUAUGAGAACAACCGUUGGUAGAUUGCCAUGUAUGGACUACUACUCGUGCCAGAGGGGUUCAGAAUCGAUUCUUUCCGUCACUGGACCAUUGACGAGGUCAUUGGGUUUAUUGGAAUUAUCUAUAAAGACAAUUAUCGAUUCAAAACCCUGGCUUAUCGAUCCAUCUACUUCUGCAAUCGAGUGGAAGACUCCAAAGUUCGGUAAGAAGAUAAGAAUCGGGAUCCUAUCUCAUGACGGUAUUUGUACUCCACAACCACCUAUUGCUAGGGCACUUAAGGAAGUUAAGGAAAAGCUUAGCAAACUUCCUAAUGUGGAGUUGGUCGAAUUCAAACCUUAUGACCAUAGUAGGUCAUUUGCUAUUCUUGGCCAUUUGUACUUCGAAGAUGGUGGAGCAGAUACCAGAGCUACUUUGGGUACUGGUGAACCUCUUCUUGAACAAACAAAAUGGGCCAUUGAGGGAGCAAAGGAAUUGACUGUACAUGAAAUCUGGAAGUGGAACUUGGAAAAGCAGGCAUAUAGAAAGGAAUACCUUCAGCACUGGUUGUCUUACAACAAUGACGAUGGAGAAGAAUUGGACGGGGUUAUAGCUCCAGUUUUUGCUGGUCCAGCGGCCAAACACAGAACCGCAAAGUACUGGGGAUACACAGCUCAGUGGAACUGUGUGGACUAUCCAGUAUUGGUUUUCCCAGUCACCAAAGUUGAUCCAGAACUCGAUCAGCCAGUUAAGGAUUACACACCCUUAAACGACCAUGAUAAGUAUAACUACGAGGCAUAUGAUUCUCCUGAGAGUUUUCUUAAUGCUCCUGUCAACCUAGGUGUGGUUGGCUUGAGAAAUACUGAGGAGAAGUUGAUUGAAAUAGGAAAAGUGUUGAAGUCUAUCUUGGAUUGAAAUAGUGGUAUGAUUUGAAAUCUGAAAAAUCUCUUAAGUAACAAAAUUUGUUUUAAUAAUUAUUCGAUUUGAAUUGUUUCUCAUAUGG